AUCUUUACUUCAUUGGCUGAUUGGCAUCAAGUAAAUUUAAUUCUGAUCCACACAAGCAAUAAACGGUUAACCAAUGGCGAACAUCUCUGAUAUGCAGGAGGAAACCUCGACGCCGUUUAGCGCAAGUUUUGAUCGUUCAAACCCACUAGGGUUUGUGGAGAAAGUUCUUGAAUUUAUUGGGAACGAGAGCGACUUUCUGUUGAAAGACACGUCGGAUAAGGAGAUCGCCACUGCUGUUACGGCCGUGAAGAAGAGGUUGAGGGAAGCCGAGAAGGAGGAGGAGGAUGAAGAGGUCUUGAAGACCCUAGAGAAGAAGCUAAAGGAGGAGAGUGUGACCAUGGAGGUGGAGAAGCAGAAUAUGGAAAGCUUGAAGCCAAAGGAACCCAUUGAGGUGGAGAAUCCUAACGAAGGGAAUGUCACGCUUGGUGAAGUUCCUAAUAAAGGAAAUGGGCUUGAUUUUCAGAUGUACUCAUGGACGCAGACUCGCAAGGAGGUCACAAUCAACAUUCCAGUACAUAGCGGAACUAACUCACGGUCCGUUACAUGUAAAAUCGACAGGUACCGUCUGAAAGUUUGUCUCAAUGGGAAUCAUACAAUCAUAGAUGGAGCACUCUUCGAUGCUGUGAAGCCUGACGACUGCUUCUGGUAUCUCGAUAAGAAGGUCAUAACAGUGCUCUUGACAAAGCACGAGUAUGGGUGGUGGAAGUAUUGUGUGAAAGGGGAACCUGAAAUUGACACUAAGAAAGUUAAAGCAGGGAGCAGUAAACUGGAUGAUCUCGACCCGGAGACUCGCAGUACAGUUGAGAAGAUGAUGUUUGAUCAAAGGCAAAAGCAUGAUUUGAAGAAGAAGUCCAUCUCUCAGCAUCACUCUCAAAACUGGAUGAAAGAUCGAAGGUUCUGGUAAGAAUCUUACAAAUAAUCCUAAGUAGUAAUGAUUAGGACAGGAUAACAAGUUGUUGGCGUUUUAAUAUGAUGAUUAUAUACGUUAGAUCUUGUCAAGCUAUCUCUAAAAAUUACAUAUA